AUGGUUGAGGUUGAUGCUGUUCGUUGCUCGCUUGCUUUCGCAAUUCGUUUUUCCCCGUGUCGCGUUCACGCGGCGAAAUGGCUCCACUGCCCGAGCGUUAGAGCCUGGACCUUCAUUCCUCUCCUGCAAAGCUCUUCGGGCCGUUUCUUGUUCAGUCCAUCGUCUGUUUCGUUGCCCCGCUCGACUGAAAAUGGGUCCUUCGAGCUGCUCCGGUCGCCAAUCAGCCCUUUUCCUGACCGACUUGUGACCCGCUCGAACACGUGGACUUCGCGACGCAAGCGACGUGGCGCGAAAACGGCUCACGACGCUGAGUCAGCGAGCCUGUUAAAUAGCAUAUUUCACUCGCGUCGACCAGGGUGA